AUAAACAAGUCUAUAUAAUUAGCACUUGAUAAAAUCACCUCAAACAGCAGCGAUGCAAUACGUGGACAAGGCAAAGGAUUUCGUCGCCGAUAAGGUGGCGGACAUAGAGAAGCCGUCGGCGUCCGUGGACGACGUAGAUCUGAAGCACGUCGGCCGCGACGGCAUCACCUAUCUCGCGAAGGUCACCGUCGUCAAUCCCUACGGCGUCUCCGUUCCCGUCGGCGAAAUCACCUACACUCUCAAAAGCGUCGACAGGGUUAUCGCGUCGGGAAACAUACCGGAUCCGGGGUCGUUGAAGGGGAACGACAAGACGAUCCUUGAGGUGGGGAUGAAGGUUCCGCACAGUGUGUUGGUGAGCUUGAUCAAGGACAUCGGCGCCGAUUGGGACGUGGAUUACACGGUCGAGAUUGGAAUAAUCGUGGAUCUUCCCGUGUUUGGGAAUUUCACGAUUCCGCUCACGCACAAGGGUGAGAUGAAAUUGCCGUCUCUCCAGGACUGCAUUUAGAAUGUUUGUUCCUCUCUACUUAAUUAACUAAAUCUCCCUCUAAUUUGGAUAAGCAUAUGUAUUUACCUGCUUAUUGUAAUUAUAAUACUAUCAUGUUGUAUUACAAAAUAAAACUACUCUCAUUCGUGUUAUAAAAUUAA